UGCCAACGGUUCCACUUCCGUCUUCUGCCAACAUGGCGGCGGAAAUAGACAACAGUAAGUAUUUUGUGAGAGAGAUUGAAAAGAAUGACGGCUGCGUCUUGCGACUGAACCAAAGCUACAUAGGGGAUGUCGGCUGCGUGGUGUGGGACGCAGCCAUCGUUCUUGCUAAAUAUUUAGAGACUAAAGAGUUUUAUGACCCGCCAUCGGGAGUCAACGCGUGGUGUGGAAGGACUGCGGUGGAGUUAGGAGCUGGGACAGGAGUAGUUGGUCUGAUGGCAGCAACACUAGGUGCUCAAGUCAUAGUAACAGACCUGGAGGAUUUGCAGACCCUCCUUAAUACGAAUAUCCAAGAAAAUCAGUCACUCAUCAAAAGCGGCUCCAUAUCUGCCAAGGUACUGAAAUGGGGUGAAGAUGUGUCUGAGUUGUUGCCUCCUCCACAUUAUAUUCUCAUGGCGGAUUGCAUAUAUUAUGAGCAGUCUAUCGGUCCACUGGUGGAGACCUUGAAGCAGCUUUCUGGACCAGAGACCUCCAUUAUCUGCUGCUAUGAGCAGCGCACCGAGGGCGUUAAUCCAGAAGUGGAAAGGAAGUUUUUUGAGUUGCUGAAUCGACAUUUCAGUUGUGAGAAGAUCCCGUCUGACAAACAGGACCCAGAGUUCAGCAGCCCAGACAUCCACAUUCUGCACAUCCGAAGAAAAGACUGAUUUUAUAGCAUGUCUGUUUUUUUUCUAUCAAGAUAUAAACCCGUUUCAGAAAGAUAUCAGAUUAUGACAUACAAAAGACUUAAAGCCUGCAUAGUCUGUGUGUUAAAAAACUAUUUUACAUUACAAAAAUGAAAAGUUUUCAUGUAAAAAAA